AUGGAUCAGGAACAGUUCUCUGGAUGGAGUCCACGGAGGGAUGAUCUGGAAGGUUUGCUUUCUGGGCUAGAAUCAUCUCCCUCUACCUCAGCAAGAAAUGGAAGUGCGUGGAGUGAUACAGGUGCUAUCAAUCCUUCGGGAUCAUCUUCGCCAUACUUUGGCCAGGCGGGAGCUUCUAGCAUGACCAGACCGCCUUCACUGCCUUCAAGGCCUUCGCAAAGGCGAGCAAUCUCCGCAAACCACACUCCUUCACUGGGUUAUAAUGAAAUAGCGCCUACUUCUCCGAUUUCUUUCGACCCUCCUUUGCGAUCGAUCUUCGUCUCAGGGCCACCUACAGCUUCGAUUUCCGCAAACACCGCUCAAGCAUCUCUGAGCACUGCUAUGGCAUCAAGCAGUUCGAAUCCUGUAGCAGCAUUAACAAGUGCCGGUGGUAAUCGGCGAAUGAAUAUUCGCUUGGGAGAUGUAACUCCCUCUGCAAUUCCUACCGGCAUGACCCCAAGGUAUCCUCUACUGCACCUGGAGAAAGACGUCGAUGAUCCAACAACAAGUACCAUUGGCCCAUCAUACGAUGGCGCUGCUACCAACACAUCAGCACACCUGGCGCGUUUAUUCGUUGCCAGUGAUGUGACGAGUCCUGGGGCAUUUCCUCCCAGUCGACCCUCCCAUUUCCGCGCAGUCUCUGGGGUUGGUCGGAGUAAUGACAUAGCGACGUUAAGUGGACAUUUGCUACAUCAUGGAUUCGAAGAAGGCAGACAUUCAGACAUUACGAUCCGUGCAUUUGGACGGAGCUACAAAUUGCACAAGCUACUUCUUGAUCGCGUACCAUACUUUUCUUCCGCAUUCGGUGGUUCGUGGGUGGAAAGCCGAGCUCAGGAGAUGACCAUCCUUCCGGAAGAACUGGAUGCCAAUAUUACGCAAAGCGCAUUUGAACUUGCCAUGAAAAGGCUUUAUGGUACUCAUUUUCCCGAACAGGAGGAGGAUGAGGCCAUAGGAUUGUUCGCCACAGCUUGCUGGCUUGAUAUGCCCGAGCUAGUCGACUCUUGUGUAGAUUCAAUUCUACGUCAAAUGCAGCCGGCCACACUUCACAGCCUCAUCAAACUUGUCACCCACAACUUCUAUGGCAAAGCUGGAGAUCGUAUAUUGGCAUCGGCAAAGGCAAUGCUGUGCAGAGAUGGAUGGGAAAUGCCAUACGAGUACUGGGAUGAGAUCCCCGCCGAGAUUGUUCGGGAGAUCGUGGGUGGUGACCCUUUCUUUGUACCUGGCGAAUGGGAUCGUUGGUACUUGGUGUUGAAACUUCUGAAUCGCCGCUUGCGGGCGAAAGCUGUCGAGAAUGGCCUCGUCUCUCCUGGAGGACGCUAUCUUGUUCCGAAGCCUAACAGCCUUCGGUUCUUCGCGGUAAGGUUUGACACAACAUAUCGUCAUUCUGGACACAAUCGUUAUGUUUCCGAGAAGGAUGAAGCUUGGAUUGCCCUCUACACCUCACCAGAAAUCGCCCCCUUACUGGUACUGCUCGACGAGGGAAUCCAUUAUGUUCAUCUAAGAUUUGAGCAACUUCAACAGAUCAAGGGCCAGAGAGAUAUUCUUGGAGUCCCUGUACUGCCCGAAAAAGUGAUUUCGGACGCGCUUUGGAUGUCGAUGGAACUUCGACAAAAAGUGCUCAAUGCAAGGGAUGGCGACGUUGAGCUAGGGCUGAGUGAUGUGGCGGAGGAGGUUGAAAAUGCCGAGUACCAAUUGAAGCAGGAAACCAGAAAGAGAAAAGGCAAAUCGCGUGAGUCCACAAUCGAGGCUUCUAAUGAUAGCUCCAAUGAGAUGGAGUCAGGCUCAUGGGAUGGUAACGGCAAACCUCGGAAGUUCUGGAUACCUACACAUGAUGUAUCAUGUAUCAUGGGUGGUACUAGGGAGGCAACUCUAGCUGCCAACUCGACGAGUAUUGCGGAAUGGACUACUAACGCCGCUAGACUGUCAGCCAGUCUUGAGCCCACGGAUGUUGCGUGGGCUCUUGAUUUCAACAUGGGAAAUGCAGCUGACAAUGGUAGACCGCCAUCGCGUGGGUACUCGCCGACGUUGUCACCAAGAUACAGCCAUUAUCCGCCAUUCCGCUUCUCGGCGGAGUUCCCGCAUCCACGGACACUCAAAGAAAAGAAGCGAGUGUACUCUCACACAGUAUGGUAUGCAGGGAGUAUGUGGAAUCUCUAUAUUCAGCGCGUCAACACGUCCAAAGCGCCACAACUUGGUAUAUAUCUACACCGGGCUAAGGACAAAGAACCAUGUGAUGACCCACUCGCCCAGUUCGUUCCAGCCUCGGUGGAUGACCGGAUUGGACAGCUGGAGCGAGAGAUGUUAUUGCGGAGAAAUGAGCGUCGAAGUCGAGGAUUUCGAUCCGAGGACAUUGGGUUGGCGAUGGGUGCUGACCACGAUGAAGACGCUGGGCAAGACUUUGGGCUGGUGGGCGAUACCGAAGGUGAGGUAUUGUCGUCUGACAGGAGGGCGGGAGGACCAGGGAGAGCACGGAAGACAUCGCAGACACCCAAUUCAAAGGCGGGAGAGCAGUGGAUAUCAUCAUCCUUGAUGCUUGACUCUGACGAUGAGGAUGAAGAACUACUGCGAGUGAACAGGAAGUUCAACAUUUCGGCAAUCCCUCCAUACAUGGAUGGUCGGCCAACCAUCAAGACGUACUUCAAAAUCUAUUCCCCCAGCAAAGCGGGACGACUACUGAGCAUCUAUGAGAGUGCACCGGACAAGUUUGACGUUAGCAAGAGCUGGGGAUGGAAGAGCAGCCAGAUGGUUCUCGAUGAUGGACUUGGGGCUUGUGAUACGACCAAGACGACCAAGGAUGGGAAGUUGAGGUAUAUGGUGGUGAUUGGCAACAUCUAA